AUGGCGGACAACAAUGCGGACGAGGCCAAGGCGAAUCCGCAGAAGAAACGUUUGAAACAACUCGAAGAGGUUUUGCUUUGUUCGACUGUUCAAUUUAUGCUAGUUUCAAGAUCAAAUUGAAAAAAGAGGCGACUCAAUCGGCUCAAAAAGCGUUUGUACUCGAACCCUUUUGAUGAUGUCUUCUUUUGUUUCAGAACAAGUAAAAAGAAAGCAAGAGCGAAAAAGUUUGUUUCUUCAGGUAGCCGUAGACAUGUUAUGCAUAAUUUUCCAGAUCAAAAAAUAAAUCUAACUUCGCUUCGAAAAUCAGUGCCGAGAUCAUCGAUGAAACUGUUGACGAAGAGUUCUUCUUACUUUUCAUUUCAUCUCGAACCUUUGUUUUAGAUCUGCUAGGGGUAAAGAUGAAGAAGUGGAAGAUCCUGAUAUUAUUCUAAAAACUAAUCUAAUGAAAGCUUUACAACAUGUUGAGGUGGUGAUUGCUAGAUUGUGGUGUAAUUAUUCCGAAACUCAGGAAAGCCAGGUGAAAAUAACGACAGUGGCAAAACAUUCGGAGGCGUGGUUCAAAAAGUACAACGCUAUCCUCGACCAGAUUGAGCAAGACCUGGAGGUUUUCGAAUUGAACCAAGAGCAGAAUCAGAAACAACUACUAGAAGCUGUGUGUUGUGCCCAAGCUCUCUCCCAAGUACCAGCUAAUUUUUCCCAGAUGGCCCAACUCAAAGAAUCAAUGGUUCGCGACGCGGCCAAUCGAGCCAAGCUGAAAAGUAUGUACGGCGAGACAAGAACCGACGUUUCUCGGUUGCUGACUCGAGCGGCCUCUAUUGGGAUCCAAGCCUGUCGGACUGUUCUGUACGCUUUGGCGAAGGUCCGCGACCGAGCAUUCAGGGAACCUGUUUCCAUCCCCAAUGUCCCUUCUUAA